AUGGCGUUUCUUUCAAGCUUGCUCAAGUCUUCAAUCUUCGGCGAUGGUGACGACAAAGCCGGUGUUGAAGUCUCGGCUGAAGAGGCUUUUCGAUCGGCAAUCUAUAGCGUUCUGAAGAACAAUUUGGAGAAGACAAACAGACCCAGUGAAGUCAAAGAUGGAGAAUUCGAACCGAGCUCUGUUUGUUUGGCUAAAAUAGUUCAGAAUUCGAAGAAGACAAACGCCUCCUUUCUCUCCACCUCAAUCCGCCAAUCCUCCACCAUGACCACCAGCUUCAGCUCGAACUUGUUCUGGGUGUGCGAAGAUGAACGUAGACAUUGA